AUGGACAGCCCGACGAUGGAGAACUUUAUCGACUGCGCCCAUCAUGCUGCAGUGUCAGACGAAGAGAACUUUCCUGAUAGGAAGCGACUUGUUAUCUGCUGCGAUGGAGCGUGGAACAGCUCAAACAUUGGCAGCAAUGCCAUACCGACGAACAUCAGUCGAUUGUCUGCGGCUGUAGCACACAAAUGCUGUACCGGCAUGCCGCAGGUCGUGUACUACCACCGCGGCCCCGGGACCGACGAGUCAAAGACAACGAGCGUCCUCGAAGGUCUUCUCGGUCUAGGAGUUCGACAAGACAUUGUCGAUUGCUACCGCUUCAUCUGCGAUAACUACAACCCCGGCGACGAGAUCGUCAUUUUAGGAUUCUCACGGGGCGCAUUCACAGCCCGCUCCAUCUCCUCCAUGGUCUGCUCCCUGGGCUUCCUCAACCGCACCGGCCUCCGGCAUCUCGCAGACAUCUACCAGGAUUACCAGUCGUUCAACGAAUGGACCAGCGAGUUCCUGUACGACCCGAGCAAGCAUCUCCGUGCCUUCACUGUCGAGCAGCUGGGGAAAAGAGUGAAGAAGGAGUUUAUGGAUAAGAUGGAGAGGAUUGAGAGGAAACUCGACGGCCGAGGGUAUGAAUCCGAUGAACGGAAGAAACAGCUCGGGGAGGAGUUCGCCAAGUUGUAUGCAACCUAUGAGAGGAGGCUGAACCCCGAAGCGUUAAGGAAGCGGCUUGAGAGAGAGAAGGCGGAGUUGUUCAAGAGGAUGACACAGAUGAAGAAGGACAAUGGCCAGAUGAGGUUCAGGAAGAUGGCAAAAGCGUAUCGCGGUCAGCUGUCAGAGUAUCAAAUGUGCCUCACGAGGAGGAGCAGCAUGCAGGCCCAAACAACAUUCGAAGCUGUGGAGGGAAGAGUGAAGGCAGUUGGCGUUUUCGACACCGUCGGAAGCUUUGGUAUUCCAAAGAUGCCCUGGUCGUUCUGGGAAGGCAGUGCCUCAGAGCUUCGAUUUGCAAGUCUUGAUGUCCAUCCUAACGUAGACCACGCCUUCCAGGCCCUUGCUUUGGACGAGUCGAGAACAGCCUUCGCACCAAGUUUAUGGAACUUGAGCCCCAAGAAUCACAAUACUCAACUGCGACAGGUUUGGUUUCCUGGAUGCCACAGCAACGUCGGUGGUGGCUCUGAAUCUCAGCAAAUUUCCAAGAUAGCAUUAGCAUGGAUGGCGGACCAGCUCACAUCGAUCGGCGUCGAAUUCAGCAAGCAGGAAAUGAAGCGCAUCUUCCGCACCAUCCCAUCCCCGAGCGACGCCCGUCCCUGGGGCUUGGGCAAGAUCACCAGUCCAGACAGCCUCGUCACAACACUCCCCGAUGCAGCUUGGAACGCAGUCACCCUUCCAUACCGAACCGUCACGAACCAAUGGACGGAGAGCUCCACACGCAAGCCCGGCUUAUACAGGGACGAGCUCCGCGACAAGGCCAUGACCAACACUGUGGAGCUCAUCCACCCCUCCGUCCGAGUGCGCUACCUCUACCACGGCCUUGGCGUCGACGACUCGGGCGAGUGGCAAUGCAAAGCCCUAUCCGGUCGCGGUUGGCAGCUCAUGUUCGAGAAGAGCCCGCCCAAGGAGGAAAACAUCCGCCCGGGCCGCGACCCGAAUGUCAUCGACCAGUACAAGACCACCACCGGUUCCGUCACCGCCGUGUACGAGCAGUACCCGCGCGACCACCACGAGUACUCCGCCGAGGAGAAGUUCAUCAAGGCCGAGCAGCCGCUCGAGUCCGACCUCAAGACGCUCGACGCGCCCAAGAACACGUGGACGUGGCGGCUGCGGCACGGUGACCGCCAGCUCGUGCUGCCCGAGGAGCAGGUGGGCAUGUGGGAGCGUAUGUACAUCGAGAUCAACGACGAUAUGGUCAGGUGGCAGAAGAUGACGAUGGAUGAGCGCAAGAAGCGGUGGAGCAGGGGCGACCAGAUCAGAGACUUGGCGAGAGAGAGCGUUGCUUUUGCGUUUGAUGCGGUCGAUCAGAUUGUGAAGACAGCGGUCGGUACGGUGUUUGGUGGGCCUCCAGAGAAGUAUCUUCCUAAGGGGUACCCGAGCGAACACGGCUACCAUGAUUUCGUGUCAUGGCAACGAGGUCUAGAAGACGACAACUCGUUUGAUUCGAGGAGAAUCUCUGUUGGCUCUGAGGGAUACGGGAGUUGGUGA